UCUUGCACAAAAGCCACUUGCCGUCGGCCGAGGUGAGGUCCCUACCUCUGUGCUUCUGAGCUGAAGGGAAAUGGCAUUUGGUGGAACUCUGUGGAUGCUGAUAUUAUAUAUGAUCAUUUUCAUUCACUUCUUGCUGUUUGCACGGGGAGUUUAUUAUCAUUUUACGAGGACCCACAUUCCUCCAGGAAUCACCCACAGCAUAAAAUUACACAUUUUCAGUUUUGCAAUGGGAUAUUUCCUUGAUCUGGGAGUGUUUCUGGAAAAACUGGGUAUUUGCCAUAGAUUUGUCAUCUUGAGGGCUGUGUACGAUGCCAUGCCAACAAGGAAGGACUCAAAGUUGAUUAGAAAGGACCUGGUUUUUGAUGGGGUGCCCGUGAGGGUGUACUGGCCCAAGACAUCACCUGCUGGGAACAGGAGAGGAAUCAUCUUUCUUCAUGGAGGCGCUGGACUCAUUGGAAGCAUCCGAACCUCUGAAAAUGUCUGCUGUUCCAUUGUCCACGAAAGUGAUUCAGUGGUUGUGAGUGUCGGAUAUCGUUUAGCUCCUGAGCAUCCCUAUCCAGUCCCUGUACUGGACUGUUUAACUGCUGCAAUACACUUUCUGAAGAAUGCCAAGGAAUAUGGAGUGGACCCCAACUGCAUUGCCAUUGUUGGGGAGAGUAGCGGAGGCACUUUUGCUACUGCCAUUUGUCAAGAACUGGUGACCAGAGAGGACCUCCCAAGACUGCGAGCUCAGGUCCUCAUUUACCCAAUGCUCCAAACAGUGGACUUUGAUUUGCCAUCCUAUCAGCAAAACCAAUUAGUUCCUCCAUUGUUCAGGGAACGAGCUAUCAAAUUUGGUGGGAGACAUCUCACUGGGAAGGACAUAAACGUGGAUGGGGUGAUAAAAGGUGCCCAUGUCCCUUAUGAUUUGAGAGAGAAAUACCAAAAAUGGAUCAGUGCUGAUUACAUACCAGAAGAAUUUAAGGCCAGGGGCUAUGUCCCUCACGCUCCUGCCCCAUUUUCAGAAGAACUCUAUGAGCAAGUUAAAAGAUCUGCUGAGACAAUGUUUGCCCCCCUUCUAGCAGAGGACGACAUAAUCCGCCAGCUCCCAGAGACUUUCAUUCUAACUUGCGAGUAUGAUAUUAUCCGGGAUGAUGGGCUAUUGUACAAGAAGCGGUUAGAGGACAACGGUGUGCCAGUGACAUAUCAUCAUCUUCCAGAUGCAUGUCAUGCAACAAUCUCCUAUUUGGGUUGGGGGCCACUUGAAUUUCCGAGCUCAAAGAAAUCUUUGCAGCAUGUGGCCCAGUUCUUAAAAGGUUUAUAUAAAUGAAUGACCUUCUUUGUCUUCCAAUGGCAGCCUUCCCUUUCUGUAGGGGGACAAUCCCCCUUUCCUAUUGACCAAUCCUAAAGUAAGAAGAAAAGGUAUUUGGAAGAUAUUUAGCAAUAAGAAAGGAGCUCCUGUGCAAUAAACUAAACCGAUCUAACCCCUAGUGAAUGAUAUGAACUCAUUUACUUACACCAGCAUUAGACAGGAUUAUAGCGAAACUGAAGUUUGGGAAUAUAUUUACCCUUCAGAAUUAGGGCCAUGGUACCAGAAGUAUCUUUCCAUAUGUACCUAUUCUGACCAGAUGUAUACACCUGAAAGCAGACCGGGAUCUACGAAAGAGGGUGAGGGACCGAUGAGAUACGGUUCUACUGCACAGCCCCAAGCUAUUGUCCCCCAGCUAUUGUCAGCACUAACCAAAGUUUCCAGAACAUUUUGAAGGUCACCUUCAUGUUGAAUGCAUUGCAGUAAAUAAUCUAAAUGGGAGGUUGCUAGUGCUGAUCUUGACAAGAAUAUAAUGCCACAGGCCAGCAUGGGGGGGGAUAAUGGGGGUAAGGAGGAAAAGGACACAGAAUAAGAGCUCCAUCAUAACUGACAGACCGCACUUGAAUCAGAGGGAAUUAUCUUACCCUCUCUCUCCAAUUUCAGAGUUUGGGGGAAGGAGAACUAUGCCUAUAUGCAGAGGGGGGACACCAGGAAGAGAUGGGUGCUAGAAGGUGGAGUGCAACUCAGCUUGCAGAAGAGGCAUGGGGUUAAGGCAGGGUGAGGGCCCCCCAGACUAUCCCUGUGCCUUUAACCUCUCAGCUGAUCUAUACGGUUUACUGACCCAAGAGCUUCAAAAGGUAAAUGGAGUCAAUAAGAGCAACCCCUAUUUCAACAAAUUAUUGGCCCAGUUAUCCCAACAGCAUGGGAGAAAGGAGAUCUACCUUAUCACGAGAGUGAAUGAUUUCAGCAAGAAAGCAAAUACUUUUUCAUUCCCUUCCCCCUCAAAAAGGACGACUUUAAAGGUUCCAAGCUGAAAAGCCCUAUCUGACGGACAUCAGAGCCAGACCCCAAUCUGGUGAUGCAGUUACUCAGAGUUCCACCAGGGAAUUCCACCAGAAUUUUCACCAGGGAAAUGUUGGAGGGUAUAGAGUUAUGCAAACCCCAAGCCAAGCCUUUAGAAGACAUCUAAAGCCAGCAAUGUAUUGGGAAGUUUUGUAAUGUUUUUGUUUUGUUAUGUUUUUAUAUAAGUUGGAAGCCACCUAGAGUGGCUGAGGCCUCCCAAUCAGAUG